GGACAGGGUUCAAAUUCCACUUUCAAUCAAAGCCCCUGUAACCAAACACAAAGAAAACCAUUUCUGAAUGCAACACCACCAAUUACCAACCACCCCCCAAUGAGGAAACAAAAAUCCCUCCCCUACAAAAGCCCGUAAAAUCAAAUUGCCAGGUUCCAUUUUUCAAGAUUUCAAUUCCUCAACUCAGAAACAAUGGCUUCCCUCUUCAAGGAUCUAACAAAGCUAUCAGCUUAUAGAGACAGGAGGUUUCCUGGUAAUCAAGAAGAGUUUGAACAGGCACUUCAAACCUCAACAACUGUCUACAUUGGUAACAUGUCUUUUUAUUCUACUGAAGAGCAAGUUUAUGAGCUUUUCUCUCGAGCUGGAGAGAUUAAGAAGAUAAUCAUGGGUUUGGAUAAGAACAGUAAAACCCCAUGUGGGUUUUGUUUUGUCUUAUAUUACUCUAGAGAAGACACAGAGGAUGCGGUGAAGUUUAUGAGUGGAACCAUUCUUGAUGAUCGUCCAAUUCGUGUGGAUUUUGAUUGGGGUUUUCAGGAAGGAAGGCAAUGGGGCCGUGGUCGAAGUGGUGGACAGGUUCGAGAUGAAUAUCGGACAGACUACGAUCCUGGCAGAGGUGGUUAUGGAAAAUUAGUUCAGCAAGAGUUGGAAGCACAAAGACAGCUUGUAGAUUAUGGCACUGGGUCCUUGGGUUCUUUCCCUCAAGUUAUGCCACCACCUCAUUAUGGCAGACGUGGUGGAGGCCACAAUCACGGUGGUUCUCAUCGCCAGAGUGGAGAUUACCAUCACCGGAAGCGGCACAGAGAGGAUGACCGACCUCCACGCGAAUCUUCAAAGAGAACCUCAGAUCAUGAGUCCAGGAGGAACUUUGAUCCCGACUCACGACCGGAGAAGAAUCCACGAUUCCGUGAAAGUGCCAACUCUGAUGAUGAAGAGGAAGAUGAUAGGCAGCAACGACCUUAGUCAGCUCAUAUUGAUGUGUUUUGUACUAUGAAGUUUAGGGAAUAGAAGCAUUUUGCACUAGUGACCAUGUUUUCAAGGCCCAAAUUGUUCGUGUUGCAGCCAACUGUCUUGUGCUUAGUUUCUGAGUCAUAACUUCAUAGUUAUACACUGUUGAUCUUUGAAUUACGAUUCUUUUUACCUGGUUUAUGCUUCA